GGGAAAACUAUGCUGGGGCCGAGUGGGCGCUGCUGCCGCCGCGGGAGGCGGGACGCCCAGCGCCGCCGACAGCUUCCUCCGUCGGACGCCCCUGGACGAGGCCGGGGCAGAGAGGGUGACCACCAUGAUCCCCUGGGUGCUCUUGGCCUGUGCCCUCCCCUGUGCAGCCGACCCACUACUUGCUGCCUUCGCACGCAGGGACUUCCAGAAGGGCUCCCCUCAACUCGUCUGCAGCCUGCCUGGCCCCCAGGGCCCACCUGGCCCCCCAGGAGCCCCAGGGCCUUCAGGAAUGGUGGGAAGAAUGGGUUUUCCUGGCAAAGACGGUCAGGAUGGCCAGGACGGGGACCGGGGGGACAGCGGAGAAGAAGGUCCACCUGGCCGGACAGGUAACCGGGGCAAGCAAGGGCCAAAGGGCAAAGCCGGGGCCAUUGGACGGGCUGGCCCUCGUGGCCCCAAGGGGGUCAGCGGUACCCCUGGAAAGCACGGCACUCCAGGCAAGAAGGGGCCCAAGGGCAAGAAGGGCGAGCCGGGCCUCCCAGGCCCCUGCAGCUGCGGCAGUGGCCGUGCCAAGUCGGCCUUCUCAGUGGCAGUGACCAAGAGCUACCCGCGGGAGCGACUGCCCAUCAAAUUUGACAAGAUUCUGAUGAAUGAGGGUGGCCACUACAACGCAUCCAGCGGCAAGUUUGUCUGCGGUGUGCCGGGGAUCUACUACUUCACCUACGACAUCACGCUGGCCAACAAGCACCUGGCCAUCGGCCUGGUGCACAACGGCCAGUACCGCAUCCGGACCUUCGACGCCAACACCGGCAACCACGAUGUGGCCUCGGGCUCCACCAUCCUGGCUCUCAAGCAGGGUGACGAGGUCUGGCUGCAGAUUUUCUACUCGGAGCAGAACGGGCUGUUCUAUGACCCCUACUGGACCGACAGCCUCUUCACGGGCUUUCUCAUCUAUGCCGAUAGGGAAGACCCCAACGAGGUGUAGACAGGGACCUCCGGGCAGGGACCGAGCUUCUGGAUUUCUGCCUACAGAGCAAGACCCCUCAACUGUAGGCUGGGUGCUGGGAAUCUCAGGAGCUUCUAGCCUCAGGCUGACCUCCUCUGCUUUUUUUUUUUUUAAUCAUUAAAUCUAAGCUUUUUUAUUC